CCGAUGUGUUCCCCGCGCGCUCCCGGUGUGUUCCCCGCGCGCUCCUGCGCUCACACCGCAUGCUCCCGGGGCUCCUGGUGUUCCCGUGUUCCCAGGCCUUCCAGUGCUCAGAAUAUAAAGUGGUGGGAAGAAUGAGGAAGAGGGGGAUGUCUGGAGCGAUGGUGCUUUUCUUCCCAAAUAAUUGCAACUUGUGAUGGGGCCCUGCUCUCCUGGAAUAGAUGAACACCCGUUUGCCCAUGUGAAGUGGUGACUUAAUUCCUUGUUUUGCUUUGCUUUCCUCCUGGUGCCCAGUGCUUCUGGCUCUCCGUGCUCCUAGUGCCCAGUGUUUCCAGUACCCAGUAUCCUCAGUGCAGUGACAGGACUCCAGCUCCAGUAUCACCACCCCAGGACCCCCUGUGCAGCCCAGGAAUACCUCCCAGCCCCCAGCCUGGUCUCCAUUGCCAGCCCUACUGAGCUGGUAACCGGAGCUCUGAUAGCAGCUACAGCUGAGGUGACACCAUCAAUAAUUGAGUGGCAGCAGGGCUCCACACAGGACUGCCUGCCUCUGCCUGCCUGGACUGUGGGGACAGCCUCGCUCACUUGUGAUGGUGUCCCCGGCGAUUGCCCUGGCCUUCCUGCCCUUCAUUGUCACCCUGCUGAUCCGCUAUCGGCACUACCUGCUGCUGCUGUACCGGGCAGUGCUGGUGGCCUGGCUGCGGGACCGGCUCACUGGCACCUCGCGGGAGCAGCGCGCCUUCCAGUAUGUGCUGGCCCACGCCAUCCCUGGGGACCCCCACCACAUCCUCCAGACCUUCGAUCAGUGGUGCUACCACUGUGAGCACCUCAGCUGUGUGGGGCCUGACAAAGGGCGGAUCGUGGAGCGGGUGCUGCUGGAGCAGGCACCGCUGCGGGUGCUGGAGCUGGGCACAUACUGCGGCUAUGGCACCGUGCUGCUGGCACAGGGGCUCCCCCCAGGCGCCCGCCUCUACACCAUCGAGGGGGACCCUCGACACGCCGCUGUGGCAGAGAAGGUCAUCCGCCUGGCCGGCUUCAGCGAGCAGACGGUGGAGCUGAUCGUGGGCCCCUCGGAGGAGGUGAUACCCCACCUGCGGGAGAAGCACGGCCUGAUGAACGCCAACUUGGUCUUCAUGGAUCACUGGAAACGCUGCUACCUGCGGGACCUACGGCUGCUGGAGAGCCACCAGCUGCUGGCUGAGGGGGCCACCAUCCUGGCUGACAACGUCCUCUUCCCUGGGGCACCCCACUUCCUGCAGUACGCCAAGACCUGCGGCAAGUACCACUGCAAGGUGCACCGCGCCAGCCUGGAGUACUUCCGCACCAUUCCCGACGGCAUUGCCGAGCUCCGUUACACCGGCGCCCGCUGAGCCCCUGCCGUGCAGGGGCAGGGUUACCACGGCAGUGCCGGGUCCCCAACGCCCCGCUCAGCCUCAACAUGGGCUCUGGAGCAAACACAGUGGCUGCUGUGGUCUGUGGUGGGGUGCAGUGGGUAAUGAGGGGGCUCAUUCCCCGUGGUGCUGCUGCCUGCCCUGCACAGGGAGAGGUCUGCCAGGCACACCAGUGGAUGGUGGGAAGCAGACAUGCACUUGCCUGGCUGGUA